GCUGAGGCGUGGGGCGGUGCGGGUGGCUCCUCUGGCUCUGCCGCGGCCGCUGCCGGUGCCGCGCCGUUGCCCUCCCUCCCCUAUGGAAGAGAUGGAAGAGGAGCUGAAAUGCCCGGUGUGCGGCUCCUUUUACCGGGAGCCCAUCAUCCUGCCCUGCUCGCACAACCUGUGCCAGGCGUGCGCCCGCAACAUCCUGGUGCAGACGCCGGAGUCGGAGUCUCCGCAGAGCCGCCGCGCCUCGGGCUCGGCCGUCUCCGACUACGACUACCUGGACCUGGAUAAAAUGAGCCUGUACAGCGAGGCGGACAGCGGCUACGGCUCCUACGGCGGCUUCGCCAGCGCUCCCACCACCCCCUGCCAGAAAUCCCCCAACGGCGUCCGCGUCUUUCCGCCGGCCGCCCCGCCGCCCCCCGCCGCCCUGGCGCCGCCGCCGCCGCGGAACGCCUGCCUCACCUGCCCGCAGUGCCACCGCAGCCUGGUGCUGGACGAGCGCGGGCUGCGUGGCUUCCCCCGCAACCGCCUGCUGGAGGGCGUCAUCGACCGCUACCAGCAAGGCAGGGCGGCGGCCUUGCGCUGCCAGCUCUGCGAGAAGGCGCCCAAGGAGGCGGCCGUCAUGUGCGAGCAGUGCGACGUCUUCUACUGCGAUCCCUGCCGCCUGCGCUGCCACCCGCCGCGGGGCCCGCUGGCCAAGCACCGCCUGGUCCCACCGGCCCAGGGUCGCGUCAGCCGCCGCCUCAGCCCCCGCAAGAUCUCCACCUGCACCGACCACGAGCUGGAGAACCACAGCAUGUACUGCGUGCAGUGCAAGAGCCCCGUCUGCUACCAGUGCCUCGAGGAGGGCAAGCACUCCAGCCACGAAGUCAAAGCCCUGGGCGCCAUGUGGAAGCUCCAUAAGAGCCAGCUUUCCCAGGCCCUGAAUGGGUUGUCAGACAGAGCCAAGGAAGCAAAAGAGUUCCUGGUCCAACUCCGCAACAUGGUGCAGCAAAUCCAGGAGAACAGCGUGGAGUUUGAGGCCUGUCUGGUGGCCCAGUGUGAUGCCCUCAUUGAUGCCCUCAACAGAAGGAAAGCCCAGUUGCUGUCCCGGGUCAACAAGGAGCAUGAGCACAAGCUGAAGGUGGUACGAGACCAGAUUUCUCACUGCACGGUCAAGCUGCGCCAGACCACGGGCCUGAUGGAGUACUGCCUGGAGGUCAUCAAGGAGAACGACCCCAGCGGCUUCCUGCAGAUCUCCGACGCUCUCAUCAGGAGAGUGCACUUAACCGAGGACCAGUGGGGAAAGGGGACGCUCACACCUCGGAUGACCACAGACUUUGACCUGAACCUUGACAAUGCUCCUCUGCUGCAGUCCAUCCAUCAGCUCGACUUUGUCCAGAUGAAAGUUUCCUCCCCAGUGCCGGCUCCCCCGAUCCUGCAGCUAGAGGAGUGUUGCACCCACAACAACAGUGCCACCUUGUCCUGGAAGCAGCCCCCCUUGUCGACGGUGCAGGUGGAAGGCUACAUCCUGGAGCUUGAUGAUGGCAACGGCGGCCAGUUCAGGGAGGUGUACGUGGGCAAGGAGACCAUGUGCACGGUGGACGGGCUUCACUUCAACAGCACGUACAGUGCACGUGUCAAAGCCUUCAACAAAACAGGAGUCAGCCCGUACAGCAAGACCCUGGUCCUCCAGACAUCUGAGGGUAAGGCAUUGCAACAGCUCCAGCCUGACACACUCAGACACUGCUCACACGCACGUGUGGGGCCUGCCCAGCACACCCAAGCUUAGCAUUGCGAUACAGGGAACCGCUCCACUGGUCCUCCAGUACCUCGGCAAUCACUGCAGGAAAGCCAGCGCUGACGGUAGGGGAAAGGUUAUGUCAGGAGCCUUGGACAGUGGCAGAAUUUCUCUCUCACCCCUUUCCUUUGCAGAAGGUGUUUUGGGGGGAGGUACAGUGAGAGGCAUUCUGCAGAGAGGUAUUCAGAAUUUGAUUGCAGCAGGCUUUGUAUUACACAAAGGGAAACUCAGAUGUUUUCAUUAAUUCCAUUUAAAACAAAACAACACUGUCAACAUUGCUCCUGAGACACACUUAAGGGCUGUGCAUGGCCGCACAACGCCAUAACCACACCAUGUCUUCUUCAGCCUCUGGCAGCACACAACAGAGAGCAGAGAGACCACAUUACUGCACAGGUGUCCUUGCAGACCCAUGGGGUGGAGAGCGGCUACGCAUCGUCUGCAUCACUCCAGCACCAGCAAGUGCUCAGCUAGAGUAUUAAACACUCCCUUGCAGGUUGCAGAAGAGUUUCCCCACCUGACUUUAAGUAUAUUUGUCACACCAGACACUUAAUCUGUGGUGGAAAAUUGGCUUGCUUCCGACAUGCAGGUGGAGAGUUGUAAGGCUAGCUCCAAGAAACGAGGUGGGAGUCAGAAGCAGUGGGUGAUGAAGCCGUGAAAGAAGGAAUGAGCCCCCAGCAGCACAUCUGCUGCCCCAUAGCCUUACUGCCAGGCAAGAAACCCCUCCUUGGUAGUUUUCCACACUUGAUGGAAUCCCUUUUCCUUACUCCCAGACUAAAAUCUGUCUUCCAAGCUGUGUCAAGAUGUUGUUUCCCAGCAGCAUUACCAGCCCUGGCUGGCAGCUGGCUCUACAGCAGCAGCACGUUCCUGCAGCCUCAGCAGCUACUGGCAGAUGCAGUCUGGGGUCAGAGGGAACACACGCAGCUCAUGGGGCUGCUGGUGAGGUGGAAGGAGAGUGAGAGCCAUAGAGCCAUAAGGCAUCUCUGGUGGCUUUGAGCAGGGAGAAAAAAGGAUUUUCUGCUGAAAGAAUGGAAGACAAAAGCAGAGCAAGGCUAUGCAGAGCAUUUUCACUCGCUCGCCUGUGCUCAGGUGCAGGAGAUAACCAUUCCAAUUUGGAAAGGGCACGUACCAGGUUUGGAUGCAUGGGCAGGACAGGUCGGUGAGGACUGGGAGUCAUAUGUGACAGAGGUAGAGAGGAGAGCAAAGCUGUGACAAACCUUCUCAGGCAAGAGGCAGAAAACUCAAAUCACAGCCCACAAAGGCCUUGACGCGUCUGGCUGAGAGCUGUGUGUGCAUUUGGGAAGCUGAGCACCAGUGCCAAGGAGGCUGCAGCCUUCCUCUGGAGAUCCAGAGAUGGGACAGCCUGGAUCCAGUCCCACAUGAGGGUGGCCAGGACCACUCCCAAAGCCUGAAGGUCAAUAGUUCUCACUCACUUCACUACCCAGCUUCACCAGCUUUUGCAGGAGAAACCGGAGCUUUGGCUUCUCAACCCAUCUGUGUCUCAUAAGACCCAUUUGAGACAGUUUCCUAACCAAAACUAGUUCAGCUUUAAGUCGUUCUAGCCAGGAGUUUGCAGGGUUCCCACUAUAAUCUUUCCAGCUAUGGUUUCCUCUCAUAGGUGUUUUCACUUUUGAGCCAAGCUCACCUAUUGCGUAGCUCCAAAAUACAAAGGAACCUGGAAGAAAAUGGCUGUUCAUGGUCCCAGCAGGCCAGGCUGUGCUUGGGGCUGGUGCCUUGGUCUGUGCCAGCCAACAGAAGUUUCACUCUUCUGAGCAUCAGAGGAAAGUUUGCUGCAUUCAGUGUUUUCACUGAAUGGGCUUUUGCAUUUAUUAUUCCAGCACAAAAGGAAGAGGGAGAAAAAGUCAAAUGAGCCUGGAGCAUUUUCUGCUCUUAGAGGCUGCCUGAGCUUUUUGGACUGAAAAUGAAAUAAAUUACAUCUGCGUGCAGCUUCUGGAUAUCCAAGUGGCUUAUUGAAUAGAGCCGCCUCACACAUCACAGCUCUCAGUUAGGCUUUUAUUUCUGGCCUUUACAGCAGCAUCAGGCCUUUAAGUGCUGUUUUGUCUGAAGUAGGCUUAGCUUUCCCCUUCAGCCAUGCUCUGCAACUUGCUGCAGUAUUCGUGUGGGAAGAGAGGACAAAAGAAGAGACAGGCUUGAUAUGAAGAGAGCAUCUCUCUGAACAUGGCUGUCCUGCUGUAAGUGGUUAUGAUAAAUUUUGCUGAGAGGCUGUUACUUAAAAGCUGGCUAGUCCUAGCACACAAGAUCCUUAUCUGCAGCCUGUGGAAGUUAACGGAAGUCUUUCUUCUGCCUUCAGUGAGCAGUGAAAUGGGCUGUAGUGGCUAGCAGGGGAUGAAAUGGCUUGCAGGGCCUCAGCAUCUAAAGAGAAAAGGGUGAGAAGAGGGUAAAAUUGUGUUUGGGCCUCCCCAGGCAUGUCUCUGUGGUCCUGCCCAGCCAAACUGCCAAGGUGAGCCAGGCAGCACUGUCAGGAAUGGCACAUGGGAAGUUGGCACGCAUGCAAGCCUACAGCAAGGUGCAGAGCACCUUCCUAUCCAGCGGUGUGGCACAUCUUCUCCUGUCCACCCCAAAGGAAACUACAUUUUCCAGAUGAGGAAAUUGCAGCUCACUCUCCAAAGCUGAUGCUUG